AUAACUGACUUCCUGGUAACAAAGGCGGUGCGACAUGGCUACAGCUAGCUAGUGUAUAAGUGCAUGCUAGAACAUGAGGAAUGAUUGCAUGUUCGUAAAGAAGGGUUAAGUUAAUGUAUUAAUGAUAUUUUCUUUGCACAUUUAAAUAAUAAGGCUGUUACGAUGGGGUUGUUAACGAUACUGAAGAAAAUGAAACACAAGGAACGCGAGAUGCGGUUGCUCAUGCUCGGACUGGAUAAUGCGGGGAAAACAACUAUUCUGAAAAAAUUCAAUGGCGAAGAUGUCAGCACGAUAUCACCAACACUGGGAUUCAACAUAAAGACGCUAGAACAUAGAGGGUUUAAACUGAACAUCUGGGAUGUAGGAGGACAGAAAUCUUUGCGAUCAUACUGGAGAAAUUACUUUGAGAGCACUGAUGGCCUGGUGUGGGUUGUGGACAGUGCUGACAGACUCCGGCUAGAUGACUGCAAAAAAGAGCUGAGUUCUUUGCUGCUGGAAGAGAGGCUGGCUGGAGCAACACUUCUAGUUUUUGCCAACAAGCAGGACUUGCCAGGGUCUUUGUCCAAGGAGGCAAUACAGGAGGCUUUGGCGUUGGAUGAUAUUAAAACUCAUCACUGGUGCAUCAUAGGCUGCAGUGCCGUCACAGGCGAAAAUCUGCUCAUGGGGGUGAACUGGCUUCUGGAUGAUAUCGCUGCACGAAUAUUCACCACAGAUUAACUGAUUGAUUUGCCUUUACAAGACAACAAAAGUGGACUUGAAAUGUAUAAUGCAAAGUGGAAGUUACACUUGCAGUACACAUUCUGUGAACAAAUUAAGAAUACUCCAUUAUAACACGUUUACUUUUACACAGUGCUGAUCUGAUGUUUAUGUCAUGAAAUGUAAAGAAAUCCCUACAUGUAACUCUGUUAUCAACCCGUUGAACAAUGGCUGAAGAAAUGAGGCAGUUUGGUUAAGUGGUUGUGUGACACCUUUCUUUUUUUUUUAUGCGUUUAAUUGACAGGAUAGUGGAGAAUGACAGGAAGUGAGUGGGAAAGAGAGUCGGGGUGGGAUGCAGAAAGGACCAUGGGGCGGGAAUCGAACCCGGGUCGCCGGCGUACGGUGCAGGUGCCCCAGCCAGUUGCACCACGGCUGGGGCUGAGACACCUUUCUUUCAGGCCAAGACAUUCCCUCUUUUUUGGAGAAAUAAGUGGACAUUUGCUUGUUUUACACUAAUAAAACAGACUAAAAUUUUAA